ACCAACAACAAGAACAUCUUUGUUUUGUCAAGAUGAGGGUCUUUUUGCUAAUUUUUUUGAGUCAAAGUUCUAUUUCAGCAACAAAUCUAAAAAUAAUUGGAGGUGAUGACGCCCUAGCUGGCCAAUUUCCCUUUGCAGCCGCAAUUUACGUUCGAACCAACGAUGGGACUUACUUUUGUGGAGGAACACUAAUUAGUGACGAGUGGAUUUUAACUGCCGGUCAAUGCGUACAUGAGGCUGUUUCAUUUACGAUUCAGUUAGGAUCGUCUACUUUAGCAGGAAAUGAUCCAAAUCGCGUCAAAGUCUCAACAAGUGAAUCAGUGAUUCAUCCAAAUUUUGAUCCAAUUAGUUUGCAAAACGACAUCGGACUCAUCAAACUUCGACUACCUGUCGAAUAUAACGAUUAUGUUCGGCAAAUUCGCUUUUUGCCAACGUUUAGAUUGCAAGAUGGGGCAUCUACGAUUGCUAUUGGUUGGGGACAGAUUAGUGAUGAUAAUUCUGGUCUUUCCAAUGUUCUUCAACGUGUCAAUUUGACUACUAUUUCCACAGAUGAGUGCAAAUUAACAUAUGGUGGGCAAAUUACCGAAGAUAUGGUUUGUGUUAAUGGUAAUUACAAUGAAGGGAGUUGUACUGGUGAUAUGGGUAGUCCACUGCUACAGCAUGUGGGCAGAGGGUAUUAUUUAGUUGUUGGAGUUGCGAGUUUUAUUAGUGGAAAUGGGUGUGAAAGUACAGACCCAUCGGGGUAUACCAGAACUUUCAGUUACAUCAACUGGGUCAAAAAUAUUACAAAUAUUUAACAAAUAUGCCUAACCAGAAGUACUAAAAGCUACAUUAGAAACAUAAACAUAAUUAAUUUUUUGAGAUUGUACACGACAGUAAAACUUGUAGAAUAAUUCUAUAAUGCUUAUUUAAAAAUAAUUUAUUUAAUGCAUACAGUAUUACAAUAUAGAAAAUAAAGAAUAUGUAAUAUUUUUAUUAAUUCUAAUUACCAGUACUGGCACAAAUUUUUAAAAGUUUCUUUGGAGUUAGAUUACCUUGAUAAACCUCAUUUAAAGACCUAAAAUGAUUAUAAAACUCUCUUUGAUUUGUUAUUGUACAAAUAUUGACCACUUACCAUGGUACACCUGUUCCUUCGCCUACACGAUAUAUAACUCCAACAUUUUCGUCGUCAAGCUUAACAACAAAUAAUGGUCGCUCGUUACAAAAAACUAAUUCGUUUACAAUUUCAGAUUUUAUUCCUUUUGACAAUAGUAAUUUAAAAAACUAGAAAAAUACUAAAUUCAAGAAGAUAAAAGCGCAAUAAUUUAGACUUACUGAAAUUGCCAUGGAUUUUUCUUGGGCAACAAUUAAGACGUCAACACCUCGUGUGACGUUAUUGCAUUUUAACAACUUUAAAAUAGUUUCAACAUUAAAACUUAUCUCAACGGCAGACAUUGCAAAAGCACAAUUUUGAUUUUUCUUCUUUAUUUUGUUACAUCUUUGGAUUAAAGAAUCAAAUCCACCACCCGUUGCAACAAUUGAUUGUUGGUCAACUGAUUCAAAGUGCAUUAUUUUAAACAUCAUUCCUGUUGAGUACCUUUCACUUAUGAGAAGCGGACAAACAACAAUAUUUAACUUCUGAAAUUAACACAAUUAAAAAAAAAGUUGCUAGAAGUGAAUCACUUACUUACAGGUUCAAAUUUGUUUGCAUUUGCAAUGACAGUCCGCAGCUGCUUAAAUGCUGUUAAAAGAACAUUUGUGUCAAUUUUUUCAAAAACUUCUUUACUAUUGUUGACUGCCAUUAACUUCAAUAAGUAGUUCUCGGCUGCCCCAACAUGAAAAUAACUUGCAAGUUUUGAACAAAAAAUACGCACUUCAGUUUCCAGCUCCACAUCUGUAUUAAUUCGCGGACCUCCACCUGUAUACUAUUACUUUCUUGGUCAUUUUACCAUUUGGAAAAGUAAAAAACUCACUUCAGCAUCUUUCAUUUGAUUAAUAAAAGCUGCGACUUUUCUGUAUGACAUUUUACAAUGCUUCAAAAUUGUUGAAAAUAUGAGUCGAUGAUUAAUGAUAUAGUACAGAUACCCGGGUUGUAGAUUUCCGUCUAACACUUCUUUCCCAAGAUACAACAUUUCGGAUUCUACAACAUGAUCGUUUUUUAUAGGACUGAUCACUUGAAAAACACAUUCUUGUAUUUCAGUUGGUGAGAAAAAACCUUCCCUGAACACUUUGUCUACAGAAAAUCUUCUCAAUUUUUUUACGUUAUUUGUUGCCACAUAAUGUGAAAAUGUAAUUCUGAAAAAAUUACCAAAUAAAUUGAAAACACUAGGUGCUAAAUUUUCGUACGUAGAGGUAUUGGAUAGAGAAAUCGAAUUUCCUCGUGUAUUCAGUAAAUUAAUUAAAUAAUCAGAAGAGUUAUAUGUCGGUGGUAUGAACUGAGGUAAAGUAAUAUUAUGUCCUCCAUGUAACUCAAAAAUCUUAAAGGUUAUAAAAUACGAGUAUGUUAUAAGACGCAUUACCAAAGUACAUACCUUAAUGGCUUGGCUUAUAAAGAAUGCCAAUUCAUCUUUUUUAGCACAAACACUCAUUAAUGUCUUUUCGAAGUUUUUAUAAUGUUGAUAAGGAGUCCUCCUGUUUUGUUGAAUCAUUUCUUUCAUUUCUUCAUCGGACUUGUUUGAAUUCAAUAUUUUUAUUAUGUCAUCACAAGUAGGUCUUUCGAUAACAUUUGCGUGUAAAAGAUUCCUUAAAUUUUCAAACAAAAAAACAAUAUGGUACUACUUGUACAUACGUCGAAAUACACUCAUACCUUAUAAGAAACUUUUUCUUAGAGUUACUGGUAUUAAAAUUAAGUCCCCGUAAAUAUUUCUUUGUUAUAGGAAAUAUUUUAAACUUUUCCAUCACAGUCAUGGGCUUGGAACACAUUUCAAAAUAUAUUACACCUAAAAUAAAAAUUUAGACACUAACUUGUUAUGUGUUUGCAAUUAAACUGUAAAUAUCAGCCUUGAUAUUGAACGAUGUUCCGGUACGUAGCUCUGGAGCUAUGUAAAUGGAAGUACCACACACACCAGUUAAAGAUC